AUGAGGACGGCGCGGCCCCGGCGCGGUGCGGCCCCGGAGCCGGUGCGGGAGCGGCUGCGGGAGCGGGCGCGGGUGCGGGGCGCCCGCCGCGGCGCACGGAGCAUGCCUCUGAGCCCCGCGGGCAGCAAGCAUGAGAGCCCCGAGUCGCCGCCACCGGAGCCGCCAGCGGAGCGCCAGCCCCGAGCCGCCGUCAGCAGCGGGGAGCCGAACCCCGGCCUGCGGGAGGAGCCGCGCCUGGAGCCCGCCCGGGGACCCGCAGGGCCCCGCUCGCCCAAGCUGGCGGCACCGGCGCGCAUGGAGGAGCCCGCGCCCGGCGCCAUCGUGGUGCGCAUCGGCAUCCCCGACCUGCAGCAGACGAAGUGUCUGCGGCUGAACCCCGACGUGCCCGUGUGGGUGUCCAAGCAGCGCGUCCUGUGCACGCUCAACCACAGCCUCAAGGAUGUGCUCAACUACGGCCUCUUCCAGCCCGCCUUCAACGGCCGCGCCGGCAAAUUCCUGGAUGAGGAGCGGCUGCUGCGGGAAUACCCGCUGAGCCCGCACACGCCCCUGCCCUACCUGGAGUUCCGCUACAAGCGCCGCGUGUAUUCCCAGCCCCUGCUGGACGACAAACAGUUCGCCAAGCUGCACACCAAGGCGAAUCUGAAGAAGUUCAUGGAGUACGUGCAGAUGCUGAACUCGGAGAAGGUUUGCAGGCUGCUGGAAAAGGGACUGGAUCCCAACUUCCAUGAUCCCGACACCGGAGAGUGCCCGCUGACGGCGGCGGCGCAGCUGGAGCUCAGCACCGAGAUGAUCAAAGCGCUGCGGAACGGCGGCGCCCACCUGGACUUCCGCACCCGCGAGGGAAUGACGGCGCUGCACAAAGCUGUGAGGUGUCGGAAUCAUGCAGCCCUGCUGACGCUGCUGGACCUGGGCGCCUCCCCGGACUACAAGGACAGCCGGGGUCUGACCCCGCUGUACCACAGCGCCAUGGUCGGGGGGGACCCGUACUGCUGCGAGCUGCUGCUGCACGACUACGCCCGCCUGGGCUGCGUGGACGAGAACGGCUGGCAGGAGAUCCACCAGGCCUGUCGCUACGGACACGUGCAGCACCUGGAGCAUCUCCUGUUCUACGGAGCGGACAUGACGGCGCAGAACGCCUCAGGAAACACCGCCCUGCACAUCUGCGCCCUCUACAACCAGGAAAGCUGUGCACGGGUUCUCCUCUUCCGAGGUGCCAGCAAGGAAAUCCGGAAUUACAACAGCCAGACAGCGUUCCAGGUGGCCAUCAUUGCAGGGAAUUUCGAGCUGGCGGAAAUCAUCAAAACCCACAAAGAGUCCGAUGUUGUGCCUUUCCGAGAAACCCCCAGCUACACCAAGCGCCGCCGUCUCCUGGGCUCGGGCGGGCUGGCGUCGCCGCGCGUCCUGCAGCGCUCGGCCAGCGACAACAACCUCAAGGCCGAGCCCCGCGCCUCGUACUCGCCCGUGCCGUCCCUCCGCAGCCUCCCGCCCCAGCUCCUGGUGCAGAUGCAGGAGGCGGCAGCGGGAAUUGCGGGAAUUGGGGCUGGAGACGGGAGCGUGGCCAGCUCGGGCAGUGCCCGCAGCGCCCACAGCCGCUCGCCAUCGCUGCAGCGCGUGCAGGAGGAGCGCGAGGGCGAGGCGCCGUCCCUGCGGAGGAGCAGCCGGGGAAAGGCCAGCCCCGGUGCUGCCGGCGCUCCGCCCGCCGGCCCCGGCUCCGAGCCCGCUCCGCACGCCGCGCCCGCCCCGCUGCGCGGGCCCAAGCGCAAGCUGUACAGCGCCGUGCCCGGCCGCAAGUUCAUCGUGGUGAAGAGCUACGCGCCGCAGGGUGAUGGCGAGAUCCAGCUCAACCGCGGGGAGGCCGUCAAGGUGCUGAGCAUCGGCGAGGGUGGAUUUUGGGAAGGCUCCGUGAAGGGAAGGAGCGGCUGGUUCCCGGCGGAAUGCGUGGAGGAGGUGCAGAUGCGCCAGUACGACUCCAGGCAAGAAACCAGGGAAGACCGGACCAAGCGGCUUUUCCGGCACUACACCGUCGGAUCCUACGACAACUUCACCUCCCACAGUGACUACAUCAUCGAGGAGAAGACGGCCGUGCUGCAGAAACGGGAGCAUGAGGGCUUCGGCUUCGUCCUGCGAGGGGCUAAAGCCGAGACUCCGAUCGAGGAGUUCACGCCCACGCCGGCAUUCCCAGCGCUGCAGUACCUGGAAUCCGUGGAUGUGGAAGGAGUCGCCUGGAGAGCGGGAUUGCGCACGGGGGACUUUCUGAUCGAGGUGAACGGCGUGAACGUGGUGAAGGUGGGGCACAAGCAGGUGGUGGCGCUGAUCCGGCAGGGCGGGAAUCACCUCCUGAUGAAAGUCGUGUCCGUCAGCCGCAAGCCCGAGGCCGAGGAGGGCGGCCGCAAAAAGGCUCCGCCGCCUCCCAAGAGAGCCCCCAGCACCACCCUCACGCUGCGCUCCAAGUCCAUGACGGCCGAGCUGGAGGAGCUGGCCUCCAUGCGGAGAAGGAAAGGGGAGAAGCUGGAUGAGAUCCUGGCGGCCGCGGAGCCAGCGCUGAGGGCGGAGCUGGUGGAGGCCGAUUCCAGGGCGGCGACGGUGAAACAGCGCCCGACGAGCCGGAGGAUCACCCCGGCGGAGAUCAGUUCCCUGUUUGAGCGCCAGGGAAUGGCACAUUCCGGGGUCCUGGCGGGAACGGAGAAGCCCCACGUGUCCCUCCGGAAGGGAAUUCCAAGGACCAAGUCUGUAGGGGAAGACGAGAAGCUGGCCGCGUCCUUGCUGGACGGGAAGUUCCCGCGGAGCACCUCCAUGACGGACACGGUCCGGGAAGGCCUCCGGGAAGGCCACGGGAUCCCCCCUCCCCCUCAGACCGCCCCUCCCCCGCCCCCCUCCCCCUAUUACUUCGACACCGGCCCCCCUCCAUCCUUCUCGCCCCCUCCGCCGCCGGGCCGGGCCUACGACACCAUCCGCUCCAGCUUCAAGCCGGGCUUGGAAGCCAAACUCCACGGGCUACCGCAGGUGCUGAGCGCGGCCGAGAUGUACGACCAGGCGCGGGGCUCCAUGCCCUACCCCGAGAGGCAGAAGAGGGCCCGCUCCAUGAUAAUCCUCCAGGAUUCCUCCCACCUCCCCGUGGAACCCACCGAGAUCCCCCGGCCCGGCCCGGCGGCGACGCCUCCGGAGAAGCUCAAGAGGAAGGGCCGGGUCAUCGACAACCCCUACGCCAACAUGGGCCAGUUCAACGUCAGCCUCUUCGCCCCCACCAAGCCGCAGAGGAAGAAGAGUCCCCUGGUCAAGCAGCUCCAGGUGGAGGACGCCCAGGAACGGGCGGCCUUGGCCAUCACCGGCGGCUACUCCUCCCGGGAGCCGUCGCCCACGCGCCGGAGCCACCGCCUGGAAUACCAGCACCACCCCAGCAUCGCUCAGGUGGAAGCCGCCGGCCUCCCCUUCGCCACCGCCAUCGCCGCCGGCGUCAUGAAGGACCGGGACCGGCGGCUGGACGAGCGGAGGAAAUCCACGGUGUUCCUGUCGGUGGGCGCCAUCGAGGGGCCGGCGCCGGGCGGCAGCGAGAUGCCGUCGCUGCAGCAGUCGCGCUCCAUCGACGAGCGGCUCCUGGGCAGCCGGGAUGUCCUCCUGCCGUCCCCCGUGUCAGCUUUAAAGCCAUUAAUCAGCAGCUCCUCCUCGACCUUCAUCCACCCCCUGACGGGAAAGCCCCUGGAUCCCAACUCACCCCUGGCGCUGGCGCUGGCCGCAAGGGAACGGGCGCUGUCCACUCAAGUCCCAUCCCGGUCGCCCACCCCGAUCCACAGCCCCGACUCGGACAGAGCCGCGCCCCUGUUUGUGGACAUCCAAACCAAAGAACCGGACAGGGGGGACUUGGAGAGCUUGGUGUCCCCCGCCUACUCCCCCGGAGGGAAGGCGGUGAUGGCGGCCGACGCCGGCGCUCUGACCCCCACCAAGAGCCCCUGGGGGACUCCAACCACCCUGCGGAAGGAGCCCGAGGUGCGAGCGGAGACGCCGGGCAAGGAGGAGAAGAAACCCGAGGACAAGAAGUCCAUGAUCAUCAGCAUCGUGGACACGUCGCAGCAGAAGACCGCCGGCCUCAUCAUGGUCCACGCCACCAGUAAUGGUCAAGACGAGAUUGGCCUGGAGAUCAAGGAGGAGAGCCCGGCCGUGCCCGAGGUCUGCGCCGAGCCGGUCGAGUCCCCCAAGGUCGAGCCCCAGCCCAGCCCCGUGGGGAAGCCGCCGGCCAGCCCGGCCUCGGAGAAGGCGCUGGGGCAGGGCAGCUCGGAGGAGGAGGUGGAGCCCUACACGGUGACCCUCCCGCCGGCCCAGCUGUCCUCCAGCGACGAGGAGACCCGCGAGGAGCUGGCCAAGAUCGGGCUGGUGCCACCCCCGGAUGAAUUCGCCAACGGGGUGCUGGUGACCACCCCCGGCACCCCCGUGAGCCACCUGGUCGCGCCGGGCACGCCGUCCCUGCCAGCGGCAGCAGUAGCACCUUCUCCCCCCGGCGCGACACCCUCAGGGAAGCCCUCGGACGCCCCCGCGGCCCCGGAGUCGGCGGCGGACUCGGGAGUGGAAGAGGUGGACACCAGGAGCUCCAGCGACCACCACCUGGAGACCACGAGCACCAUCUCCACGGUCUCCAGCAUGUCCACGCUGUCCUCGGAGAGCGGCGAGCCCACCGACACCUACACGUCCUUCGCCGACGGCCAAACUUUUCUACUCGAGAAGCCACCAGUGCCUCCAAAGCCCAAACUCAAGUCCCAGCUCAGCAAGGGGCCGGUUACUUUCAGGGACCCACUUUUGAAGCAGUCUUCGGACAGCGAGCUCAUCUCCCAGCACCACGCGGCCACGCUGGCGGCCACCAGCGCGGCCCGGCCACGCUACCUCUUUCAGAGAAGGUCCAAGCUAUGGGGGGACCCCAUGGAGAGCAGGCCCGGCCACGGGGCCGAAGAGGACAAACCAACUGUGAUCAGCGAGCUGAGCUCCCGCCUCCAGCAGCUCAACAAGGACACGCGCUCCUUGGGCGAGGAACCGGCCGGCUCCGCGCUGGAUCCCGGCAAGAAGUCGCCGGUGGUGGCCGCACGACUUUUCAGUAGUUUAGGAGAGCUCAGCACCAUUUCCCAGCGCAGCUCCGGCACCACCUUCACCGUGCGGCCCGGCAGCCGCUACCCCGUCACCCGCCGCACGCCCAGCCCCGUCAAACCCGCGGCGCUGGAGCGCCCUGAGCCCCUCAGCACCGUCCGGCCCUACGGCCUGACCCCCCCCACCAUCCUCAAAUCCUCCAGCCUGUCCAUCCCCCACGAGCCCAAGGAAGUUCGCUUCGUGGUGCGCAGCGUCAGCGCCCGCAGCCGCUCGCCGUCGCCGUCGCCGUCGCCGGGGCCGCCGCUGCACACGCUGCACCCUCCGCGGCCCUUCAUGCAGAAACCGCUGCACCUGUGGAACAAGUACGACGUGGGGGACUGGCUGGAGAGCAUCAACCUGGUGGAGCACCGGGAUAAGUUCGAGGACCACGAGAUCGAGGGCACGCACCUGCCCGCCCUGACCAAGGAGGACUUCGUGGAGUUGGGGGUGACCCGGGUUGGGCACCGCAUGAACAUCGAGCGGGCGCUCAAGCAGCUGGUGGACAGCUGACCGCGCCCGGAGCCGCCGUGGGAAGGGCGGGGCGUUAUUCCCAAGCCAAGAAAACCCACUUGGAUUCUCCUUCUCCUUCUCCGAGCACUGCACUGAGGGUGUGGAGCCUCCCCCCACCUCCCCAAGGCUCCCGCCCGCUCCCGCCCCGGCCCCGCGCCGCCUCCGGACCAGGAAUGUUGCAUGAAAUUCCUCCUCGUUCCCGUUCUCCCAGAGAGUCUGGCCUGUAAAUCGCUCCGUGUGCCCUGCCCGGGGGUGGCACCGGGCCAGGGCUGGCCGCGGGGGACAGGCAGGGACGCGCCGCGGUGGUGGCACCUCGGGGACAACCCCCCCGAGCUGCCCCAGCCGCUGGCGGCGUGGCGAGAGCAGGAGGGUGGCACCUGCGGGGGUGGCACCUCCCGGGUGGCCCUGACGGGCUCAGAGGUGGCCCAAGAUCCUGACAAGUCCCAGGUGGCCCUGCCGGGAGGUGGCCCUAGGUCCUGACACCCUCCAGGUGUCCCUGGCAGGGUCAGAGGUGACUCCAAGGUCCUGACACCCUCCAGGUGUCCCUGGCAGGGUCAGAGGUGACCCCAAGGUCCUGACACCCUCCAGGUGUCCCUGGCAGGGUCAGAGGUGACCCCAAGGUCCUGACACCUCCCAGGUGUCCCUGGCAGGGUCACAAUUGUCCCUGCCAGGCUUGGAGGUGGCCCAAAAGGUCCUGAACCCAUCCCAGUGUCCCUGGCAGGGUCAGAGGUGGCCCCAGGUCCUGAACCCCCCUUCCCCAGGUGUUCCCAGCAGGUUCAGAAUUGUCCCUGCCAGGAGGUGGCCCCAGGUCCUUCCCUUCCACCAAGUGUCCCUGGCAGGGUCAGAGGUGGCGCCAGGUCCUGUCCCUCCUCUCAGGUGUCCCUGCCGGGAGGUGGCCCCAGGUCCUGCCACCCUCCAGGUGUCCCUGGCAGGGUCAGAGGUGACCCCAGGUCCUGACACCCUCCAGGUGUCCCUGGCAGGGUCAGAGGUGGCCCUGCCAGGCUUGGAGGUGGCCCAAGGUCCUGAACCCCACUCCCGCUUCAGGUGUCCCUGCCAGGAGGUGGCCCCAGGUGUCCCCCAGGUGUCCCUGCCAGGAGGUGGCCCCAGGUGUCCCCCAGGUGUCCCUGCCAGGAGGUGGCCCCAGGUGUCCCCCAGGUGUCCCCAGGUGUCCCCGCAGGGCUCGGAGGCGGCGGCUCCAGCGGGGCCAUCCCGGCGGUGCUCCCGGAGAAAGGAAGGAAAGAAAGGAAGAAGGAAAAAAAAAAAGGAAAAACAGGGAAGAAGGGAAGAAGGAA